AUGACCGACAGUCUGAAAGACGAUGUCAGCUACUGGGAGAGUCAGCACCCCGGUGACUGUCAGACAACGGACUGUGGCAAGCACUGUAGUCCUGGGUUCAUUGAAAUGGAAAGUCUCUCUUGUCCCGAUGGUAGCGACAGCGAGUGGCGCAUCUGCUGCCCGCUCUCGUCAGCCCCCGAUCCCAGCACCUGUCACUGGCGUGGAGGCGACAAUGGGGGAAGCCUGUGCAACGGUCAGUGCCAUGGUGGUGAGGUUGCCCUGUCGUCGGCUGUCAAUGGAGGUAACGGCCACUGCGCAGAUGGACGUCAAUUCUACUGCUGUCCUAUCCCAGAGGUUGCCGCCGGCGGUGGUAUUAACUGCGGCUGGAAGACGGAAUGCUCCGCGGACCAAGAGAUGCUCACAUUUGAAGGUAGCUUUCUAGGCGAUAUUUCUGAUGCCUUGGACUUUGGUGGCCUGGUUGGGCAAGCACUGGGUGACCUGUUGGACACUAUUGAUAUGGAUGUUUCUCAUCGCUACUGCUGCUCUAAGGAGGAAAUCGAAAACUGGAAAGACUGCUACUGGGCGGGGCGAGGUGGUCGAGGGAUCCAUAGCUGCGACGACAAUCACUGCGCAACGGGCCACGAAGUAGAGCUCACUCUAAGCAAGUAUGGCGAGGGCGAAAGCUGCGGUAUAACGGGUCGACAGAGGGCAUUCUGCUGCACACCAGCCAGCGGCGAGUCACCGUUUCUUCCUGUCCCACUGGAGUAUCUCUUCGACAAUCCGCCAGACGCAGAUGACCCUGACUUUAAUCUCCAAGUGGAUGACACUUGGGGAACUGGGGAAACUCAGUCUGGGAACGAGGAUGAGCCCGAUGAUGCCUCCUUCGGUUUCGUCGUCAUAACUGCGCCUGAGGAAGUUCAUGUCAGUUUAGACAAACGGGACGGCUCCCCCUGGGAGUUAAUGGACUGCCCCGACACCGACAGCGAGGAAGCCCAUACUAUCCGCAUGGUCUGCACUGACUCCAGUGAAUCAAGCAAGUGUGACCACAUCCAUCGAGGAUACGGCGUCCCUGGGACCAUUCUCCAGCUGCCUGACCGUUGUGGUCCCGGUCGAUAUGCCGUGGCCAAAUCAUUCGCGCAGUCCAAGAACCAGAGUCUCCCUGGCCAUCUUAGCAAACGUGGUCUGGAAGGUAGAUCUGUCUAUGAUCUGACUUUCGACUAUAACUUCCAACGCGUGCCUCGGGAUUUCGGCGAUGCACAGAUGCGGAUCGAUUUCAGCAACCAGCCUGGCUACUGGGACUCUGUGGUCGACCGGCCUGGAGGGACAGAGGCAGAAAGACACACCAGAAAGACCAAGCGUGAUGGAAGCGGAUAUCACCAGAACCGCAAGCGCUGGAUGGAGGACGAGUGGCGCGACGCCUACCAUCACGGUGGGAUGCACCGCGAGGAGAUUCACAAGCGGUGGUUUGGCGAGGACGUGCUCAACUGGCUGGCCGAACUUAUAUUUGUCGGCGAAGCAGAGGUAACCAAGGAGCUCAAUCACCACGUCAACGAGAAGGUCGAGCUCCUCCUGAUAGACCAGCAAUUUGGCCCAUGUCCAGUCGGUCCCGCGCAGGCGCAGGCGAAUAUCAAAUCCACCAUCACCGCGGAAAUCGACGUCGAAACAUCUUUUGGUUUGACAAUCCUGACUUCGCUGCACGAGGGAAUGGACCUGAGCAGGUCCUACCUCUAUUUUAGAAACGCCGGCGAGGUCAACGCCAAAUUUGAACUGGACGCCGUGGCCUCGCUGACUUAUUCCACGGGCGAUAUAAAGCUGCUCGGGCUGGACGACUUUCCAGGGGCAACGUUCCGCGUGCCUGGAGUUGUUACCAUCGGCCCUAACCUCGCCGUGUAUGCCUCAGCCGAUGCCUCCCUUGUCGUCGCAGGCCAUCUCGAAGCGGCAGUGACUCUGGCCUCGUGGGAGAUCCAACAGACCUAUCCGCAGAACGACGACCAUCCGCCGCAAGCCCUGGAUCAGCCUGACCGCGAGGCCAAGACCGUUGGUAAGCCCACGUUUGACGCCUCUGUGAGUGCUAAUGGCGAGAUCGCCAUUCACCUCAAGCCCACUGUCACCUUUGGCAUUGUAUUCGACGACCGGUGGAAGGUGGAUCGGUGUACAGUAGAUCUCGUGCUGGACGGCUACGUUAUCGGCCACGCAGAGGCAGAGUGGUCCCUCAAUGGCGACAAUAGCUGUCCCUUCCGCUAUGGAAUCGAUGCUGGGUCCAAUAUCUAUGCCCAGCUGGAAGCCCCCGACCUGUUUGGAUGGGGUGGUAGUCACCGCGUUACGCUCGCCUCUGUCCCACGCAAGCAAAUCACCCCUCCAACUUGUCCUAGUGGUGAUACCAAGAUGAUCAGAAGGUGGAUAGGUGACGAUACCAGUAACAGUACACAAACGGACGGUCUGUCGCCAGAGGCCGCAUUUCCGGCAAUCCACAAUAUUCAUGGAAAGCGGGAUACGCUUACCUUGGGCCCCCUGGUCACAAUCCCCGACAGUUUCCUGAAAUGCCCGGGUGAUGAUAGUGGAUCUUCCAAGUGUGAGAUGUGCUCGAUGUAUGGGACAGAUGACAGCCGGACCGAGAAGAGCAUUUCCCUGUCCAGGCGCCAGGACGACGGCGGCUCAUGUCCAUUAUAUCCACCUGGAGAUAAUGCACCAUGUUCCGACCGGACUGUAUUCGAUCGUGCAUCUGAAAACACGGCUAAGGAGAUGAAACUGAGCUUUUUUAACGGAAACAAAGAAUUUACAUAUCUUCGGUAUCCCUCGUGCAAUGCGGACAAUGGUGGGCCUAAUAUUGCAAAGGUUUGA